GCCCGUGAUGCCAACCAGCAGCGCGUCUCCCUUUGAGCUCAUCGCAAGUUACUGGAAAAUUUGCAGAUAAAACCUCGACAGACUCAAAGGCGUCCCUUUCGGGUCUAACUGAAAAAAAAAACAGGAUGGAAAGCAGGCCUCGAAAUUUGGUUCACCGCGGUGCCGUGGUGACAUCUCUGUUACUAAUGACGGUCUUCGUAGGGACGGACUCCCAGGACGUGUGUCAGAGCGGCACUGGGCCCGGUGGCAGCGGGACCCGGUGUAACUGCCAGCAGGUGGAGCCGGACGCGGCGUUCAACAUCGACUGCACCGGUCGAUCACUGACGGACAUCCCCACUAUACCGGUCAACACCGCAGUGUUAGAUCUGACUAAUAACAACAUCCAGCUAAUCCGAGAACAACAUUUUCGGCGUCUGGAUACGUUACAGAAAUUAAUACUUACAGGUAACCCGCUCGAAUGCGGCUGCAACUUGACCGAUUUCAAAAGCUGGAUCAUCAACCUCGAGAGCGUGAGUGCUCAGAUCGUUGAGGGUGCCGUGUGCGGGGACGACAGGUACAGCGGUAGAGCGGUAGUAGACGCCACGUUUUGCUUUAAGAACCGUCUGUGCCACACUUGCCUCAACGCUGUUGACAGUAGUGAAUGCACUACACGCACGUGCUUUCCUGAAGACGCCUGCCAAAAUGAGGUGGCCUACGCUGUGGAUGGAAGCGUCUCGAUGAAUAAAUCCUGUGUUGUCAUGAUGAACUGUCAAAGGGCCGCUUCGUCCGUUAACCAGGCCCAAUGCCGACAGACUGACGGCGGGGCCUCGCGGUGCAUUUACUGCUGUCAGAGCGACGGAUGCAAUCAAGAGCUCAACACCAUCAACGAUACUUACGUCUUUCCUUUUCGGAAGCCGCUGGUUAUCACAACUGCAGCACCAAGCACAACAGAUACGAGCCACGUCACCACCGAUUCUCCGAUGACAAGUUUCCCCGUGACGACACACAACUGGGUAACCAUGCAAACACACACCACGGGAAGGACUCCGACACCUCUGCUAGAAACACACCCAGGGACGGAUAGCGUGGUCGCGUCAUCAGACCCCGUUUCAACAAGCCGAUUGCUGUACACAGGUACUGGAUCCCACACUUCAACGUCCUUCCCAGAAACCGCAUCUUGGCGCACAGAGAACAAGGUUCAAACUUCGGCAGCUUACAUGACAAAGGAAGCGUCGUCUGCUGGAACCGAAUCCCCAACUACGCCGCCCUUCUUGGGAACUGACACUGCGCCGACGGAAAUCAUGCUGGAGACCUCAGAACCCUUUUCAACAACUGGGACAGCCACGUUUGGAACCCAUCUUAGCGCAUCUUCGGGACACCUUUCAACUGACACUUCCCACACAGACAUCGGACAUCAGACGACUCCUUCAAUCUCAACAGAUUUUGAACAAACUAACAGCUGGCGGUCUCCAACAGAAUGGACAGACAACAAACCUCAAACAGCCACUGCCACCUCACCAUCCGCUCAUUUUACCUUUACAGACAGGGGAUUGCAGUCGACCGACAACAGUCUGGUGAGCGAAACUCAACCGACAGACAGUGGACGGGACACCCCACCACCAUACCAGGUAACUUCGGAGACACCCCUAGGAACUGCAGCAUCGUCCCCGUCCACGUCACAACCCACCACGGAGUCUAAAUCAUCGUCACCCAGCAGUGAGGUUCCUCCAAGCCACAUGUGCCCGGAAGAGGUGACAGAGGGCGACACAGGUGUCGUCACGUGGCCGGCACUAAUUGCCAACCGGACUGCUGUCGUCCCUUGCCCGUACCCGUCCCUCACGGAUCCGGAGACCGACCGAUACGCUCGUAGAACGUGUUUUGGGUAUGCCAGCAUAGGCUGGGUCAUCUGGGAAGAACCGGACAUGAGUGAAUGUCCCACCGCAUCGGGAGCCCUGGAGGAACUUAUCCGCAUAAACAUCACAUACGAUAAUGUGCUAGACGUUUCUGAUCAGCUUAAAAAUGUGACGUCAUACGCCCCGGCACUAACAGCUGAUGAUGUGGCGGUCGUUGUGGAUGCCCUCAAGAGCCUGCUGGAGGCCCUCAUCCGGUACCCUGAGAAAGGUCAGGAGAUCUUCCUGGAUGCCAUGGUAACGGCCAAUCAGAUGACGUCAGUGAAGUUCGAAAAACUUGUGGAGAGUCAGAAAAUAAACCGCACAACGAGCAGGCUUUUGCAACUCAUCGAUGAAAUAGCGCUCCACGUCCCCUUACUGAACACAUCAACGUUGACGUCGGAGUCACGUGCUUUCGACGUCAUCAUUCUCGAUGUCGCUGAUCAGUCAAUCGAUAGUCUGCUUUUCGGUGGUUUAUUGGAGAAUAACAAUGUGAAGCCCUUCGUUGUCUUGAACGGAAGUGCCCCAGAGAACGCGACAGACCUCAUAGGAUCAGUGCUUCUUCCACCAAGCCUCCUCCACAUACUUGGAGACCAACUGAGCAGGACACAGUUUUUGUUGUACCAAGACACAACAUACUUCAACGUGGUCACAACAUCGGUGGAGCACCCCUUUGGUGAUUUGAAACCGGCCCCAGAGGGCGCUGUCACGCUGCUGAGCAGCGCCGUCAUAUCAGCGGGCAUGGGCAACCUGUCUGUCGUUGAUUUACGAGAGCCAAUCUUGAUGCAACUGAAGAGGACUCACACAGAAGCUAAAAACCCGCAGUGCGCUUACUGGGAUACAGCAGCCAAUGAUAAACAAGGCGGCUGGUCGACAAAAGGCUGCGAGGUGAACUUUGACCUGUCGGACUCGACGUCUGUCGUCUGCGAAUGCAACCACCUCACCAACUUCGCAAUGUUGAUGGACGUAUACAAUAGUGGUGAGCCGGAUCCCGUCCAUUCGAAGAUACUUGCCAUCAUUUCUUAUAUUGGCUGCAGCCUUUCAAUUUUGGCUCUCACGUUAGCUAUCGCAACGUUGGGAUGCUGCGGAGAAGAGCCAAAAUACCGAGUCACUGGAAGCGGCUCCCUCAACAUGGGCACCAAUGGCAAAGCCCGGGCCGACCGCCACACCAACAUCCUGAUCCAUCUGUCUGUCGGGCUCAUCCUGUCCGAUGUCUCCUUCCUGCUGAACACGGUGGCCGUGGAACUGGAGCUCGGCCGGCACAUGUGCGUGGGCAUGGCGGUGGUCACCCACUACAGCCUCCUGGCCGCCAUGGCUUGGAUGGCACUGGAGGCCUUCAACAUGUACCUGGCCCUGGUGCUUGUCUUCGACAAGUACUACUCGCGAUUCAUGCUGAAGAUGUGUCUUUUUGGAUGGGGUGCUCCUGUUAUUAUAGUGGCUACGACCCUCUCGAUAAAUUUCCCUGACCACUAUGGCCUGUUUAAUGGCAUAUGCUGGCUAGCCCGGAUCCCUUUUCUCGCCUCAUUCCUCGCCCCCGUCUGCACCGUCCUCCUCUUCAACCUGGUCGUUUUCGUGGCGGUAACCUGGCAGCUCUGCAAGAUGCGCAGGCGCAACAUCAGCCAAUCGCGCCGCCGGUUCGACCUGGCAGCCCAGUUCAAGGCAUCGGCCAGCAUCACCUUCCUCUUCGGCCUGACCUGGUCCUUCGCCCUCUUCGGCAUCGGUGAGGCCAACCUGGCCUUCAGCUACCUCUUUGCCAUCUUCAACAGCGCGCAGGGGUUCAACAUCUUCGUGUUGCAGUGCCUCCUCAAGCCAACAAUCCGCCAGCGCUGGAUGAGGGUGCUCCGAUGGCAACGGGAGGACAUAAAUGGCUCCUCCAAAUCGUCCAGCGCCAAAGAUACUAACAACGUAGAGCUGUUCAAGGUGAAGGGUGACGGUGGAGGCCACACAAAUGGGCGAUUAUAGUGGUUGGAAAAAGGGGAAGUGUAAAUGAAGCUUGAAGGACAUCAGCUUAAAGUGAUGGUAUCUGUGCAAAACCGUAUGGUGACACUUCGAAAUUUUCUCAUCAUGUAAAACCUAUCAGGGGUUUCCAAUUUCAUGGGAGACUUGAGACGCUUGGUGACAGCAGACAAACUGGUCCUUUAGUUCGGAUUACAUGUUCAUAGUCGUGCAUGUGCUCAGAACUACACGAGGUAUACGCAGCAUUGCGCCGCAUGCCCAGAGCCGGGAAAAAGUAGAGUUCAUACUGCUAUGGAGAAAAAAAGAUCAGUAUCUCUUUCAGCCCGUUGUGAACCACGGCAAUUAUGGAUUCUACCUGCUCAUAUAUUCAAUAAAAUAUAAAGCUUUAUGUCGAUUCUGAUAUCAAGAGCUUCGAAAUCAAGCGGGCACGAGAUGUUGGCAGUACCUACAUGCAUUUCAAUAAUUUAUACCAGCAGAAAUCAUUUGCCUUAUCUCGUUGACCUUUUACAACUAUCUGUGACUUUGAAAAUUAUUUAUUACUCUAAUGAUAAUCUCCGUGAUCUAUAUGUUGCUUCACUUUCGAUAUGAAAUGGGGGUCAGGGUGAUAAUAAUUAUAUUAAAUAUGAAAAAUGGUUGUUUUAUCAAUGAAUCUUUUACACAGAAGCUCUUGCUUUGCUUAACUUUGCUAAUACACUAAUCCGGUGUCCAGCGUUUUGGAAGUGACACCCAUGUAUGUCUGCAUGAAGUUGGAGGAACGGUGCCGGUGCAGUCCCAUUUGUGAAACGCAUUGUUAACGUACGUUUACCACCUGGCCACUAGCACGUUAUCCAUAGGAUCGAUCAUAUUGAAACUGAAAGCGAGAUUAACUGUUCUGAUACCAUCCAAAUCAACAGUUUACACUAUGAGAUAGAUUCAAGGAACAAGAUUUUAAAAUGGCUCUCUUGUGAAUAAGGUUUUGGAUUUGCCCGAAACUUAUGAAGCAGCCAAAUACCUCGGUGAUCCUUUGAGUAUUCCAUUUCUCCUGAGGCUUUCCUCAGGAAAAUAGAAUUCACCAUGAAUCACCUCGGGAGGCUAUAGUUUAUUGCACCACUCGAAGCUGUCAAAUUUUGUAUACUGUAUUAUUUUAGGCUAUCAGAAUCUAUUAGUCAAGCUUGCGUGCUUGCUGAAAUUACCUACUAGUUGAUUAGAUAUGUUUUUGUUAAUAAUGUGAGUAAUGAAUGAGUUAAUUCUUUACUGAAAUAAAAGCGCAGAAUAGUUUU